CAAGUACUUUUCAUUCUUGCCUAACAUGGACAAUUAAAGGAUUCAAUUUGGAACUCGUAUGCAGAGUUAGUAAUAUAUCUUAUCCCCUUUAUUUUCGUGAUACUGAAGGGGAGGUCGUUGGAAUAUGCACGAAAAACGAUUGUCUUUCAUUCCAUAAUUACGGAAGAAUUGAAACUAAUUUUAAAACUUCUGAGGUUAUUAUGACUAUACAGGAAAUUCAACAAAAAUAUGUGAAUGGAAUAUGGACGUGUAUGAAUGGGAAACAUAAGUUUCAGACAGAGGUUUCUACAUUAAAGGGCAUUGCUUCUGCAACUGAUAUUUUUAUCAGAGGAGAGGUUCUUGCAUCAACGAAUAAAAUACAGAUAACAUGCUAUUCAUGUCGACAACCUUAUCGGAACACUGUUGAAUUUCUUGUCGACGAUGAAUCUGUAGACAGCAUUACAUUUAACCGAGAAACAGACACAUGUGUUAACGGCAUAGGUGUUAUUCAUCCAGAUAAAUUUACCUGUGAUCUAUCUGGUACUAUUUUUGUUCACAUAUUUGAGAGACAUAACAAAUCUCCAGGCACACAUUUUUCGUGUGACAUGAGAUUUUUUGACACAGCAUUAUCAUCUAGAUUCAUGAAAAAAGCCACAUUGUAUUUUGAUGGAAAACGUUUUUAUAACAAUGGAAGCAUAUUGGAAAUAACAAAACAUGCCGACCCACCAUUCAUAGACGAAAACCAAAGUGAUGAUAUCAACAACAGCUUAUCAACCACAACACCAAGGGCUCAUGAUUUUGGAAUCUCUGUAAAUUCCGGAGGUCGAAUGUAUUUAUGGAUAUUGGUUAUUGUGUUGGCAUUGAUUGUUCUUGGGAUAGUGCCUUUUUGUUGUUGUGUGUAUCGAAAAAGCAAAACAAUUAAAAGCCAGUUGCGACAUGGAAUGACAGAUGGAAGUAAGGACGAUGAACUACAAGACACACUUAUACUACUAGAAGAACAGUUUGAUUCAAAUGAUAUGAUUUGCCUACCUUGUAAAAUCCAGUUCAAAUCUACACUGACAACCGAAUUGGGUCUGGAUUGUACAGAGGCUUGUGGUCAACCAUGUAUAAACGAUUAUUCGUCAAUAACAAUAGAUGAUGCACAUAAUUUUUUUGACAUAAAGGAACUUCCAAAAAAUUAUGACAUUCCAUUCUUAUGCAGUACACAUGAAUUGAAAUUGGAAUGUGUUUGUGUCUCACAUAAUGACGUCUGCUGCAAUUCAUGUGCAGUUGAAAUGCAUUCCGAAUGUGAUGUUGAAGCAUUACGUGAGAAAGAUAUGUAUCGUUUUGGAAUUUCACAGACGGUUGCUGAAUAUAAUGAACGGAUAUGUGCAGUGUUGCACACUUCGAAAAAUAUCAUACAAAGCUUUCGCUGUAAUAUUCAAUAUAUUAUAAAUGACCGGAGACAAAUACAAUGGCAGUUACAAAAUCUUUACGAAAAUACAAUACGUGGUUGUAAGUCCAGUCCAAACACCAAAAAAGCAAUUGAUAAUGAUAAAUCAAAAUUGAUGCUGAAAUUAAAGGACAAAACCGAAGAACUCAUUUCAAAUAUAAAGCGGAAAAUAUCUGAAUUAGAAGAAGUCCUUCAUACUUCAAUUAAACAUGAUGAAUUAUUGAAUUUCAAAUUUGAAAAUCGAUGCGAAAAGCAUUCGUUCCUUUUAAUUCAAUAUUUAGACUCUCUCUUAAGAGACAGUGAACGAAAAUUAGAAACAAUAAUUGAAAGAAAAAGCACCAUUCGUUUAAAUUAUGAAAAAUAUGAAAAAGAUCCAAUCAAAAGUCUUGGACAUAUAUAUACAAUAAAAACAUACGAAAGAGUACCACACUCUGAAAAACAAUAUACGUGAAUAGCAAAUUUAAAUUACGGAACCUAUUUCCAAAAAAAUAUAAUGUUUAAACUCGUCUACUGUACAAGAAAUUCCAUCCAUGCUCAUCAGUGGUAUUACAAUUUUAGCAAGUGGAUUAACAAUUCUCUGCGAUAGUGGCGAAUCCCUCAUCAUUGUGUUGAUUGACACUGGUUAAAGGCAAACACCUGUUUAUGUCGGACUUUCAAGCAUGGGAAAUUAAUGCUAUUCCAUAUACAGUCAUUUUAUGUUAUCAAUUGUACAUAGUUUGAUUUUAUUAUUGUUUCCUUGGUACUUAUUUCCGAUGUAAUAAUGUAAUAGUUAUUGACCAAGAAAUUCUGUAUAUAUCAUUUAAUCUGAAAGGCUAGGGUGACCCUAAUUAACCCAAACGACGUAGGAGUUGUGUUAAAGGGUCAUACCGACCGCGCAGAUUAAAUGAUAUAUACCGAUUUGAUUAGUCCAAUAACUGUUUUAACACAUGACGUCAUCAAUUUACGUCAACAUUUUGUAUAUAUGCGGACGAUAUCUAGCAAUCCACAGCUCCUAGGAAAGUAUUGUAGGGCAAAGAAAGGGGUUAUACGCUUUUAUGUAGUUAAAGGAUGGUAAGUAUUAAAUUAUAAACUUUUUUUUGUAUUUAGGCUUUUUCCUAAAUUGUUACAUUAUAGACGAGUGACAUUAACUAUAAAAUUCUAUUUUUAAUGCACCCACCUAACAUACGGCUACAUCAUAUACCAUUCGAAAGCACAUCAUCUGUACUAUCUUUUUUGCCCGGUCGUCAAAUAUUCGUAUGGUGCAGUUUCCGUCAAAUCACGAUGAAAGGUCAAGGACAGACAAUUUCUAAUUUUACAAGAUGUCAGCAAUUUUGCAUAUUCUGUCUUCUGAAUAAUAAUAUUUUGUAUGGAAAUAUACAAAAUCUGUUAGAACAGA